UCCGUGAAGGGGACGAGCCAUGGGCUGAUUUACGGACGUGUGUCCUCCUGGUGAAGGAGCAGCAUGAAGGAGAAAUCAAAAAACGCCGCCCGGACCCGGCGAGAGAAGGAGAACAGUGAGUUCUACGAACUGGCCAAACUGCUGCCUCUGCCCUCUGCCAUUACGUCACAGCUGGACAAGGCGUCAAUCAUCCGGCUGACCACCAGCUACCUGAGGAUGCGGCUGGUCUUCCCACAAGGCCUCGGGGAGUCGUGGGGUCAUGUGAGCCGCAACAGUUCUGUGGACGGAGUCAGCCAGGAGUUGGGCUCGCACCUCCUUCAGACUUUAGAUGGCUUCAUUUUUGUGGUUGCUCCAGACGGGAAAAUAAUGUACAUAUCAGAGACGGCAUCGGUGCACUUGGGCCUGUCACAGGUAGAACUGACAGGAAACAGCAUUUAUGAAUACAUCCAUCCAGCAGACCAUGAUGAAAUGACGGCUGUCCUCACCGCUCACCAGCCUUACCACUCUCACUUUGUUCAAGAAUUUGAAAUGGAGCGCUCCUUCUUCCUGAGAAUGAAGUGUGUCCUCGCUAAAAGAAAUGCCGGGCUGACCUGUGGCGGUUACAAGGUGAUCCACUGUAGCGGCUACCUUAAGAUCCGUCAGUACAGCCUGGACAUGUCGCCGUUUGAUGGCUGCUAUCAGAAUGUUGGACUGGUGGCCGUCGGCCACUCGCUGCCACCCAGUGCUGUCACUGAGAUCAAACUGCACAGUAACAUGUUCAUGUUCAGAGCCAGUCUGGACAUGAAGCUGAUCUUCUUGGACUCACGAGUCGCAGAGCUGACAGGAUACGAGCCUCAGGAUCUCAUCGAGAAGACCCUCUAUCAUCACGUGCACAGCUGCGAUGCCUUUCACCUGCGCUGUGCUCAUCACUUGUUGUUAGUGAAAGGUCAGGUGACCACAAAGUACUACCGGUUCUUGGCCAAACAUGGUGGAUGGGUGUGGGUUCAGAGUUACGCAACCAUCGUGCACAACAGCCGUUCGUCCCGACCUCACUGCAUUGUCAGUGUCAACUACGUUCUCACGGAAACGGAGUAUAAAGGCCUUCAGCUUUCUCUGGAGCAGGUUACGUCCAAAGUCUCUUGUCCCUACAGCAGCAGCCUGACAGAGAGCUGCAGGACGCCCAAAAGCAGGCUGGCCCGACCCAAGACCAAAGCCAGGCUCUCCCCCUACACACAGUAUCCAGGUUUCCAACCAGAGUGCUCAGAGUCUGACCAGGACAGUCCCUGGGGUGGCAGCCCCCUCACAGACUCUGCCUCUCCUCAGCUGCUGGAGCAGAGUGAAGGUCAGGACUCCUCCUGUGUCUACAGACAGAUCACUGACCAUCGGCCACUCUGCUACAGCCUGUCUGAAGAGCAGAGUCCCUCCAUCAGUGACGGCCACACACACCUCCACCCACACACUCAGGGCCAGAGCUGUGAGCGGGGUCGAUGUGAGGCGGGGCGCUAUUUUCUUGGAGCACCCACGCCUGGCAGGGAUGCAUGGUGGGGUACAAACCAUUCCAUUCUGCCCCUGAGCAAAGGCUACUUGGAGAGCUAUGACAGCUGUGGCAGCAGUAUGCCCCACAUCACAGCCAUCCACAGCUUCCAUGAAGGAGGUCACUGGGAUGAGGACAGCAUGGUCAGCUCUCCAGAUGGAGGUUCAAAUUCAGAUUCAGGGGACCGGUACCGAUCUGACCACUACCGCUGUAGCCCGCAAGAGCCCAGUAAGAUUGAGACACUGAUCCGGGCCACACAGCAGAUGAUCAAGGAAGAAGAGAGUAGACUUCAUUUGCGCAAAGGUCCUCUGGGAGCAGCCAAUGGCUUGCCAAAGGGCAGCGGUACAUGCUUUACUCCAGAAUAUACCCAGGGGCCCUUGCCUCUACAGACAGUGGUAUGCCGAGGUUUGAAUCAGUUGAUCAGUCCUGAGUCUAGUCCUGCCCCACUAUCCAGACUCAGCAGUCCUGGCUCUGAGCACAUCCUCAAGCCCAAAGACUACCUCCAGACAGAUGUAUCCCCGCUGUCUUUGCCAUUACACCACCCACUCAGUCGGCCGGGCCCGUGCUCAUCUUCCCCAGCCCCUGGCCACUACCCCUCCCACACGCACCCACGGCCAUACUUGGACAAGCACGCUGCCUACUCUCUGACAGGUUAUGCUCUGGAGCACCUGUAUGAUGCAGAGAGCCUGCGGGGCCACUGCACCUCAGCCAUUACUGGCCCCACCCACAAUGAUAUGACCCCUCACCUCCGUAUCCCAUCAGAGCAAACCGCCGGACACAAAGGCACCUCUGUCAUCAUCACCAAUGGCAGGCUAACACACAGAGAAAGAAGCCAACACAUCAUGGAGAGCAGUCUGCUGCCACACACUGUUGUGUUCCAUUACAGUGCCUAUAAAAACUCUUCACCACCUUAUUCUACAUUUAAAAAAAAAAAAAAAACCUGAAUCACAAUGUUUAAUAAUUUAAUAUGGGAUAUGAACGCAUCGGACGAUAGAAUGGCACAUCAAAGCUGAACAGGCCUAAAAGUUUAACAUAAUUAUAAUUCUGAUACAGAAAUAGAGUACACAGUGACACAGGAGGUCUGCAGGAAAUGUCACUUGUUGAUUGAUUGUCAUUGGAUGACUGAAAGGUUUCAUCAGCCCUGUGGGUUAGUAUUUGAGAAUGUGUUCAAAAUACUGACAGAAGACUUCAUCUCAAUUAUGACAUCGCUCUGUGUUCACCGUCU